GAGUAUUGAGUAGAUAUCUAGAUUAUAAGUAGUUAUAAUACAUAGCAAAAUAUAUCAGCAACAACAUUUACAUUUAAUGUGGUUCGACAAUUUGGUGUGUAGACGAUUUUUUUAUUAUUUACUUGAACUUAAAAAUAGGGGAUUCCCAUAAUAGUGAAAAUUGUGGAUGUCUACGCAGAGAAUAAUAUAUAAAUAGGGGGAAUUGAACGAGAACAUGAUCAGAAGCAGUGCUUUUCUUAGUGUUAUAUCGCUCCUCGCAGUGUUCGCGUCAACAACAGUGGGAGCAAUGGCCGGUGAAAGUGACUAUACACAACAACGACAAGCUAUACUACACGCAGAAAAAAAUAUGUUUAUUGGUAGCCAGUUGCAGUUAAACGAUAGAGAAAAAGAAGUUGAUGAUAUAGUUUUGAAAAUAAAGAAAUCUGAAUUACAAGAAGGAUAUAAAAAUGUGUCGAGUUUUUUGGCUGCACAACACUUUUUUGACGCGAGGAAGAAAAUAGAACAAUCGGAAAUGUUUUCGAUUAUUAAAAAAAUUCCUAAAGGUGGCUCGUUACAUACGCAUUACCUUUCGGCAGUGUCGGUGGAUUUUAUUAUAAAAAACAUUACGUAUUUAGAUAAUAUUUACGGUUGUGAUUUAAAUGGAACUUUUAAAUUGUCUUUUGUUAACGAUACCUACAAAAAUACUAGCUGUGAAUGGAAAAAGUUAGAAGAUUAUAGAAAGCAAGAUCCAAAUUUCGAUGAAUGGUUGUACAGUCAACUGUCUUUGGUAGUGGAAAAUCCUGGUGAAGUGUACCCCAGUGCAAAUACAAUUUGGGCCAAAUUCAAAAAGACUUUCAGCACCCAAUACGACAUGGUAUGUUACAGACCAGUAUUUGAAAUGUUUAUUUAUCAACUUUUGAAAGAACUAUAUUUAGAUAAUGUUAUGUACACUGAACUAAGAGGAACCAUAAUGCCCCUGUUUGAUCUCAACGGUACUCUUUACUCUAAGAAAGAAUACUUAGAAAUAUUCGUCCAAGUUGUCGAGCAGUUUAAAAAAGACUAUCCUGGUUUUGUAGGAGUGCGAUACAUACAUUCCGUGUACCGUGGUUUUUCGCCGGAUGAUCUGAGAAAAGAUCUUGAAGAUCUAGUGCAAUUAAAAAAAUCUUUUCCAGAUUUUAUAGCUGGUUUUGACUUAGUCGGUUACGAAGAAGAGGGACACACCCUAUUCGAAAUUCACGAUGUUUUAAUGGACUAUACAAAAGAACUAAAAUUCUUUUUUCAUGCUGGAGAAACUAACUGGUUUGGACACACCGACGAAAACCUCUUAGACGCCGUGUUACUUAACAGUAGUAGGAUAGGACACGGAUUUGGUUUGAACAAGCAUCCAGUCGUGGAAAAACUUGCUAGGGAUAAAAAUAUUUGUAUAGAAUUAUGUCCUAUCUCCAACCAAGUACUCAUGUUGAUUCAGGACCUACGGAACCAUCCUGUUGUGGGGCUAAUGGCUAAUGGAUUCCCUGUAGUUAUUUGCAACGACGAUCCCUCGGCCUGGGAAGCAACUGGUUUAAGUUAUGAUUGGUACGUUGCAUUUAUGGCGAUGACGUCAGAGGCGAAUGGUAUACAGGUAUUAAAACAGUUUGCUAUCAACUCUAUUGUGUACAGUGCAAUGGGCGAUUCAGAAAAACAGGUCGCUCUGAGCCAGUGGGAACGCAGUUGGCAAAAAUUUAUUGAUGAGAUUUUAGCUCUAUAUGCAAACAAAGUUUAAAUGAUUCAUGUCUAAUAAUUUAUGAACAAAUUUUAUUUAUAU